CCGCGAUCCGGAGCGCGGCGGGCAGUGUAGUGCACGUCGCGCGCGCCGAAAGCAGAGGUUGGAUAUUCACCGACACCCCCCCCCACCACCACCACCACCACCAUCACACCACCCGGAGAAAGAGUCUCCUGGCGGUAUUCCCCCCAAGCGACGGAAGACAUCGGCGAGGAGGACCAUCGCUUUCUCUUUGUAAAUCUGCAAAGAAAGAGGGAAUGGGACGACUGUGAACGGCAGCUCUUCGGUGGUUAUUCGAAGGCGAAACAUGUAGUCGGUACACCCCCGCUUCAAGACGAGCCGGCUGGGAAUCACUCAGGAGGGACACGGAGUCCCGAUCCGGUGGUUGGGAUUGCACCAGUAAGCCCAGUGUGGGUAUCGCCUAAAAUCAUCGGAGCAGCCAUAGAAGUGUCAUUUGCCAACUGCAAAAUCUUCUAAGAAAAGGCAAAUGGGGUUGAUGUCUUUGGGAUUCUGAUGCUGAUCGACAUAUGAACUACCAGGACUAGGCACUCUAAGCUUCAGUUUCCUGUCUUCGCUGAUAAUGGCUCACGGAUGGAACUCAUACUAUCGGAACCUCCCACCUAUGUCAUCGGAUCGUGGCGCUUUAAGGAGAACAUCAGACACAGAAGGAAACUUUUCGAACUUUAUUGGACAGGAAUUUUCCAAUCCAGUAACGUCACAUGAACACCAUUUAAACAACUCAAACUACUGCACAAACUAUUACCCAAAUCCUGGGAUUUCAAAUCCCAGCUCAGACUGCAUUUACCAGAGAUACAGUAGUGAGACACAUUGGCAAGCUGGUGAACACACAGGUAAACGUUACUUUCAAAGAUGCACAAAAAGUGAUAUGCCGGAUUAUGCCACAGAUGGUUUCCACACCUCAGAAAUACAAGAUAUAGGUUUUAAACAAGAAUGUGGAACAGCAGCUACGUCGUUUCUUGAGAACUACUCGGAUGUCAGCAGUUGCUCAGAUGAAGCUAAACCAUCAUGUAACUAUGUGACGGGUAAACCUAAAACGGAUUUCCCUCCAGAAAACACUUCAUCAGACUGGAUUUCAACUCACACUGGUAGUAUGACUUUUCCCGCUGUAAGUCCUUCCAUUUCAGAGACUGAUGUAACCAUCCAAUCAGGAAAUGACGUAUGGGCACAAAACAAAAUGCACAGUCAGGGAAAUACAGUUGAAUCUUCUACAGGGAAAGAUCAGUCAGGUGCUACCUCUUACAUGACAACUAAAAAGUUUGACACUGUACAUGUUAAAAACGAUUAUGGUCGAAAACAAGAGAAAAAAAUCAGAGCUUUUACCCAAGAUAAAUGUUCAGACAUCUCAAGAAACAUGGAACGUGGGCAAGGAAACAUGAUUGAAAAAGUUGCAUGUGCAGAUGAUGCUGAGAUGACUAGUACUACUCCAACUACCCUUCCAACUGAGGAGAAGAAUCUUUCAGAUGAAGUAAUGCAAGAGAAACUUGACUCAGAAAAUCAGGAGUUCAAGCAUCUAAACAGCGUGGCAGAUGACCAUAACAAAAGCGAUGUGGAGAAAACUAAAAAUGAGGUCCCCAUGAAAGAAAAGAAUGCCUUGUGUUUCUUAAAAAAUGAGAUUUCUGAAAGUCAUCUGAGGCAGGAAAAUGUUACAAGUCUUUCUGAAGAUAGUUUGACCUACAAAAUCUGUGGCAUGGACACAAAUCUCAACAGUCAACAUGAAUGUAGCAUCGCAGGGAUCACAAAGGAUAGUCUUUCUCCAGAUUCAGGUGAUACUUGUCAAAGUGUGUCUGAAAGAAUCCCUGCCAGUAAGAAUCGAGCUGUGUCCAAUUGUGUCGAGUCUUCCUUACAGUGGCAGAACUCGGACACCAAUGCGAAUCUCCGUCCUUUCAAUGAUUUGGCUGGGGAAGAACAAAAGACAAAAGAAACCGCAAAGACAGACUGCAGUGAACCCAGUUUCGUAAAUGACAGUGUCGUUAAACCCGGAAUAGGCAUAGAUGUAAGUGAAGAAACAAAAACUACUAUUUCAUUAGAGGAGAACACCACAACCUCAUCUGCCAAUCAGGAUUCCAGUCAGAAGAAUGAGCAGAAGGACGGUAUCCUCCUAGAAUCCUGCAUACAGCCAGUCACACCAGAAACGAAUGAGACUGGAAUAUCAAUGGAACCUGAGAGAGCAAGUACACCGUCCAUGGCAGAACCAGUCACGCUGGAUACGAAUGAGACUGGAAUGUCAACAGAACCUGAGGGAGCAAGUACACCCUCCAUGGCAGAACCAGUCACACCAGAUAAGAAUGAGACCGGAAUGUCAACAGAACCUGAGAGAGCAAGUACCACCUCUAUGGCAGAACCACUCACGUCAGAUACGAAUGAGACCAGAAUGUCAACGGAACCUGAGAGAGCAAGUACACCGUCCAUGGCAGAACCACUCACGCCAGAUACAAAUGAGACCAGAAUGUCAACGGAACCUGAGAGAGCAAGUACACCGUCCAUGGCAGAACCACUCACGCCAGAUACGAAUGAGACCGGAAUGUCAACAGAACCUGAGGGAGCAAGUACACCGUCCAUGGCAGAACCACUCACGCCAGAUGCCAAUGAGACCGGAAUGUCAACAGAACCUGAGAGAGCAAGUACCGCCUCUAUGAAAGAACCAGUCACACCAGACAUGAAUGAGACCAGAAUUUCAACAGAACUUGAGAAAGCAGGUGCACCAACUAUGGCAGAAGCAGUCACACCAGAUACGAAUGAGACCAGAAUUCCAACAGAACCUGAGAGAUCAAGUACCACCUCUAUGAAAGAACCAAUCACACCAGAUACAAAUGACACUGGAAUUUCAACAGAACCUGAGAGAGCAAGUACACCCUCCAUGGCAGAACCAGAUGCUAUCACUUCAGUGACAAAAGAUAACUCACUAGGUGCUUUCAGAAGUUUGGAAACCUGCUUGAAACUGAAUGCCUCCAGCACAGAGACACCUUCUUUUUCAGAAAUGGAAUGGACAGAACAAGGAUGUAAACCACUCAUUGAUCAAGACCUUUCGUUCAAAAAAACUGAUGCAGAAGAAACGUCAUGUCCCCAUGAGGAUGUUGCUGAAAAUGCACAAGAGUCAUCUGAAGAAAUGAACGUAUCCACAGAUGAACCAUCUGUGUCUGACACGCUAUAUGGUGAACCUCUGUCAAGAGAAGAGUCUUCAUGUGACCCUGAUGAAACUGAGCUUGAGCUUGAUGAAGAUAGAUAUGGUGACAAUGACAAAUUUCAUUCAGAGCGACAAGAACCCCAACUGAAGUUCUCUGCACAGUUGGAAAAGUUCCUUCACCCUGUUGUGAUAUUGACAAGUUUGGAGUCAACAGAUGGAUCUCGUGAGUUUUAUCAUUGUGCAGAGUGCUCCCACGCAACAUCAAAUGUAGAUGGACUGAUUGCUCACCAUCACUGUUCCCAUACAAUGAUCGAUGUUCAAUUUUGCAGGACUUGUAAUCUCUAUGAACUCAGGAAUGAGGAAACUAAAAAACAUGAGUGUGGCAUAAUCAGGAAACGAAUGAAGAUCUCUGCUGAUGAAGAGCAGCAACAGAAAACAAAACUUGGCCGCCACAAAUGCGAUAAAUGUGGGAAAAGAUUUUCAAGAAUAAUGCCUUUUAUCCAGCAUAUGCGAAUUCACACUGGCAAAACACCAUUUAGGUGUAAUGGAUGUGGUGUGUAUUUUUCACAACCUUGUGCUCUUACCAAACACAAGAAAGUUCCGGGGAGAUGCAAGCAGACCUUACUUCGUAAAGCAAAUUCUGGCACUGUUGGCAGCAAAAAUCAAAUGCCACUGCAAAAGAAUAGAGUCGAAGACAACAAAUUUGCAAAGAUUCGGAAAUGUUCUGUGAAGCUUGUUGACAUUGCCAAAACAACUCAAUGUUAUAUGUGUGGCAGAAGUUACCCCUCUGUUGCAAAGGCGAACAAGCACCGCUAUGCUGUACACAAUAUGAGGAGCGUUUCAAUGCUGUUAAAACAUUUUGCCAGUGAAAGGAAGCACGACAUCAAAACGACAAAACACAAAUGUCCUCUUUGUCCUCGGAUUUUCAAGUACUCCUACAACAGGGCUCGACACUUGCGUGAUUGUGUCAGAGAUGCAAUAUAUGGCGGCAAAAGGAAAGUUAAUGGUAAUUAUCAGUGCCCCUUGUGUUAUGCUACUUUCAGUUUACCACACAACCGAUACCGACACAUUAACACCGUUUGCCUGCGAGCAUAUCUUAGUCGACUUGCAAAAGACAAAGAAAUCCCCAUUACACAGGAAACAGGCAAUGGACAAAAAAUACUGCCACAGGAUCAUAAACAGAAAACACAGCCCAAAGAAAAUGAACAGAAAAAACACAUACUCCCAACCUCACCAGCCAAAUCUGAGCCACGAUACAAGUGUGGUCUCUGCCCAGCAGUUUUCUAUCAUGCUUCCGGGAAAUACAGACACAAAAAGAAACAUGAGUUAUACAAACUUUCUGGGAAAAUGAUCAGAUACAGGAAAUCAGUUUUUUCUGUCCCAUCAAAGCCGACUUUAUCAAGUAGUACAAAGACUGAAGAAAGUGAAGACAGUUUGAAAUCAACUGAGGAAAACAGACGUCUUGUUUUGGAUUGUCAGUUUUGUGGAAAGUUUUUUAGCUCAUUGAAAUCACUGAAGAACCAUCAAGUCAGGCACCGGGGUGAAAAACCAUACUCCUGUCUGGAAUGUGGCAGAGGAUUCAAGAGACGUAACCAUCUGAUUGGUCACAGAAGAGUUCACCAGAAAAAGAUACAGUGCACUGUGUGCAGAAAAAUUCUACCUACUAUUGGGGAACUCAUCCAGCACAGAAGCCAGCAUCCUCAAAAAGGAUUGCUCAAAUGCCCAGAGUGCCCACAGCAGUUCCAGUACCCAGUAUAUCUCCUGAGACAUCUCACUACCCACCAACACAAAGAAAAUAAAGCAUCUCAACUUGAUGAAACACCAUCCUCAAAGCCAGAGCAAUUAUUGGAAUCGCAGGAGCAAACAAACUCUGAUGUGCUGCGUUGUUCUUUAUGCAACGAAGAAUUUGAUGACGCUCAGACGCUCAGGAAACACUGUCUAACACAUAUAUCGAGGUCUUCUUCAAAUCGGUGUCCGUUUUGCGAAAAGGGUUUUGCCUGUCGCCAGUACUUACUGCGACAUAUGCUCCAACAUACUGGAAACAAAGCGUUUUCAUGCACUCAAUGUGGAAAGCAGUUUUAUCGGCUCAUGUUCCUGAAACUUCAUAGCCAAAAAUGUUCAUCCACCCCCCAGCAAUUUGCCACAACCACACCCACGAAGACAAAAAAUCGGUAUUUUUGCUCCAUUUGUCCACGGACAUUCUCCAAGAAGAUGCGCAUGAGAAAUCAUCUCAUUGCCCACAAGAAAAAUGCACUGCAGCUAUGCUCGCCUUGUGGGCAGUACUAUGGAUUUAAUAAAAUCAAGCAACAUCAAAUUGAGUGCCCUGGAAUCACCAAGAACAAUGACAGCUUAUUAUUGUCCCCUGUUGAAAGUUCCAUUGAAUGCACUUCACAGACAGACAAAGAUGACGAGGAUGUUGAUGCUGAUGUUGAUAAUGAUGAUAAUGAUAAUGAAACAACUCCACAGUCCCGCACAGACAAGCUGCUUCCAUUGAAAUGCCCUCAUUGUCCAAAGAGAUUUAGGUUUAGAUCAGUCCAGUUGAGACAUCUUGUUUCACAUACUGGUUUACAACCCUAUGCAUGCAUGCGCUGUGGUAAAAGAUUUGGAAGUCAAACGUCAUGCAUGCAGCAUGAAGCUUUCUGUGAUGGCAUUCGCAAAGAUGGGCUGUUAAAAUCCAAAAGGGAUGCUGUGAAUAAACAAUCAGACAUUCCUCCAGCUGAAAAGACAGCUGGCCAUUCUCAAGCUGACAGCGAAGCAGAGUAUAAGUGUAAAUUCUGCACCAAGACCUUCAUGAAAGCACGAUCCCUAAGACGUCACAUUCUUACUCAUAAUGAAGUGAAGCCAUAUCGCUGCAAAGCCUGUGAUGGCUGCUUCUCAAGGUAUGAUCAUUUGAAAGUGCAUCAGUCUCGUUGUAAGGGCAGGAAAAGACGUUUGGAAGUCUGCAUUCCCAAAAUCAGUUUAGAUGAUGUGGGCAAGGGUUGGAAAAUUAGGUUUGGCAACGAGCCUUCUGAAAAAAAGGACACAUUUGAGUGUGAGGUCUGUACUCGAAGCUUCUCUGCUCAGUCCAAACUUUCUCGACAUGUCACCAUGUUCCAUACUGCAAAGUUAUAUAAGUGCUCACGGUGUGGUUCAGCCUUCUCCCAUGAAAAAUCUCUGAAAAAGCACAGAAAGGUAAACAGGUGCAGAAGAUCCUCCAUUCAAGGAAGUGCUGUUCCACCUGAUGCUACUAAUCCUGCGGCAGAAAAUGUGACAGGACAUCUUCCUCGAAUGAGCAGAAUACUAAACAGGAUCCAACCCAUCCAAAACAAAAAGCACAAGUAUGGCUGUACUUAUUGCCCUCGUGUCUUCGCAAAUAACUCACACUUAGAAGUGCACAUCCGCCUGCACACAGGAGAGAAGCCGUACUCCUGCAAGUAUUGUGAUGAGACGUUUAUCAGGAAGGAUUAUUUGCACCGUCAUUUUCCAAAAUGUACCAUGAGAGAGCAGGAAAGUACCACCCUCUGUGACAGAUGUGGAAGCUUUUUCCCUUCCAGCAAGCUUGAAAAUCACAAAAAAAGUUGUACAACAACAUCUGGCCCAUCCACAUCACCCCCUAAACGGACUCGGCAAUCCACCACUGUCAGCCCACCUAAAGGCUUUUCCUGUGCGUACUGCAGUUCUCAUUUUUUGCUUUUUUCACAACUCCAAGAGCAUUUUUUGGCUUCGCACAAGCAGGAAACAACGGAAUCACCAGCGUCAACUGCUCCCCUUCAGCAACAUUUGUCUAAUAUUCCAAACGAUAAAGAAGACACUGGGGAUGAAAGUUGUGAUGAAAGCGUCGGUAAUGAUGCCUUGGUAACCAGUGAACGAGGUUCACCACUUGAGAGUGAGGUCCCCAAAAAGUUCUUCUGCUUUGACUGCAAGACAUCUUUUGCAAAUAAAGCUGGACUAGCCGGUCAUCAGCGUACACACCAGAAUCAUAACCCCUUCACCUGUACAAUGUGCAAAAAAUGCUUCGCAAACAAAACUCUCCUCAGAAAUCACAGCAGAAAGUGUAGAAAAAAUGAUUUAACGACCACACAACCAGAAGGUCCUUUGAAAGCAACAUUGGAUUUUGCAGUGAAUGACUCUGUUCUUGUAUUCAAAGAAAGAUCUGAAACCACUGGUAGUGGGGUUUUGCAGACCAACUUCUCCUGCAAAGAUAACUUAACUGAUGAUUCCUCCGAUGAUUCAGAAGCAAACGCGGAGCCCAACAGAGAGAAGAAGGAAGUGCAGUAUCAAUGUUCAGAAUGUGAUCAGACAUUCACAGAUGGUCUCAUGCUCAUAAGUCACCUUGAAGACCAUGGAAGACAGGAGCAAGAAAAGAAGCGCAAUACGUGCACAAGAUGUGGCCGGUUUUGCGCAAACCAAGCAAAUCUUGAAAAGCACAUGAAGAUGCAUGGAAUUAGCAAGAAACAUUCCUGCCUUCAGUGCUUCAAGAUGUUUUUCACCUUGGCUGAACUUGAAGAUCACAAGACUUGUCAUGAUCCAAAAAAACCAUAUUCUUGCAAACUGUGCCAUCAGCGGUUUUUGACACGACCAGCUUUAUGCAAUCAUAUCCGUGAAGAACACGCGGAUGAGGCAUUUACUUGUCGAUUCUGCAGCAAAAUGUAUGCGUCCAAAAGAUCUCUAGUAAGACAUUACAAAAAGUGGCACAUGAAUGAGCAGAGAGAACCCAAAAACACAUUGGAAGCAAAAGACAGUGACGUGCAAAAACUCAUCAACAAAGCCAAUACAAGCGGUGAAAGUGACAAUGACGAAAAUAUUGGUAGUGGGGACAGUGACUCUGACAUGGCACCAUACUUCCCCUGCCAUGUGUGUGGCAAGACAUUCACAACAUCAGAAAACCUUGAGGAUCAUCAGCUGUGUCACCUGGGUGAAAAACCACAUGAAUGUGAAGAGUGUGGCAAGUGCUUUUUUCAGGCAUCCCAACUGCAGCAGCAUCAGAGAAUGCACCAGUCUGAAUUCCAGUGUCCAACAUGUGGUAAGGGCUUUGUUUCUCUGUUUGCACUGCGUAAACACAAACAAAGUCAUGGCAAAAUUCAUCCCUAUCGUUGUUCCAAAUGCCACAUUAGUUUCAAAUGUCAAUCCCAGCUCACAGAGCACAUGUUCACCCACCAGGAAGACAACUUCCCAUGUGACAUAUGCAAUGAGGUGUUUGUUUCCAAGAGCAGUAGAGCUGAACACCGGAAAAGCCACACCAUUUUUCAUGAUCGCGCCCUACCUGGAGUUUCACAGACAGAACAAGACCAGCCCAGUCAAGUUUCGGAAAGCUCAUUGGGAUACUCCACGGAACUUAAGUAUCGCUGUGGUGUUUGUCAUGAACGUUUCAGAGAUCCAGAGGGCCUCUCAGAGCAUGGCUGCAUGGCAGCAAAAGAGCGGCCGUACUCUUGCUCAGAGUGCGAUAAACAUUUUCUUCAUGCAUCUCAUCUGAAAAAACACAGAAGCACCCACCUGUCAUCAGUUUCGAGCGAUGCAUAUCCAUGUAAUCAGUGCAAUACUACUUUUUAUUCGACAAAAGAUUUCCUCAGCCAUCUUAACAACCCUGAUGAUAUUGUAGUAGAAAUCAAGCGUGAAAGUGACGAUGAAGGUGAGGGACCUAUACCUACUUUCAUAUGUCCAGUCUGUCACAAGUGUUUUCCCAGUGGUAUUGAACUUAUUUACCACUUUCCUACACAUCCAGAUGGUGCGUAUAAAUGUGAAAAAAGGACUCAUACUGAGAAAAAAGAGGAAGGCCAUCGGGUCUCUCCUCAGACUCCAGCUGCUGCAGUAAAAUGCUCAGACUGUGGUCAGAGCUUUUCAGGGUAUGAUGCCUUACACAAACACAAUUGCUCCCAUCGAUGGCAGACAGCUGUGGGGACCAGCUUCUCAAAGCCAUCAAGUCAUACUUACUAUCAAGGAGAUGAGGAAGAGGAGGUUGAUGUUACAGGAGAGGAGUUGUACGACUGCCCUGCUUGCUCAAAGCAGUUCUCUUCCAAAAGCAGCCUUUUGGAACAUCAAAACAUGGACCAUUUUGCCGAGAAGCCAUUUAAGUGUGAGAUUUGCGGAAAAUCAUUUGCCAGAAGGCGCUACCUCACCAGACACAAGCAUAUUCACAGUCAGAAUGCUGCUGUUUCAGACACACAGCAGCCUCAAACGAAACGGUUUAGCUGUGGUCAGUGCAACGCACGUUUCAGUAUGAAGCAGGAUUUGUCUGAACAUAUGAGACUGCAUGCUGAGAGAGCGGUUGGAGAUUAUCGCUGUGACAUGUGCUAUAAGUCAUUCAGCCAGUGGUCUCUUCUUCGGCAGCACCAGGAGAGUCAUGUUGGUGAGGUGGUUUAUGAGUGUACAGAAUGUGACAAAGCCUUUGCUUUUCCUCACCUACUGGAGGAACAUCAACAAACUCAUGCUGGGUCCUCUCAUUGAUGGCUCCGACAUGUCACAGACUUUCUUUUUCUGGCUGAACUGUAACAAAAGUAUCCUGAAUUCCUUUUCAUGCCUUAUGCCUCCUAAUGUACCCUUAUGCUGUUGUAUAUGUGGCUCAUGACAUUUUGUUCUUUUUUCUUUUAAUGGCAUUAUACCUGUUUUGGGUUUUAAUAGUGGGAGUUGCAUACAACAAAGUAACCAUGGAUUUUUUUUUGAUAAUGUUCAUAAAUGUUUGGGAAAAGUAAGUUUUGUUUGAAUGCAGAGAAAAUAUAACAUAAAAUUAUCAGAAUUCAGACUGAUUUCUGAUCAUUUUUGAAUAGUCUGGGAGAGUUUUGUUGACAGUUUGUGAAAUAGACUGUGGUUAUUUUAUUUCUCUGCUAUUUUCUAUACUGCAAUUGUAGUGUAGACCAAUUUGUACAUUUCAUUUUAUUCCUGUUAAGGAUUUUUUUUUAAAUGUAUCUUGUACAGACAUCUACUAGUUCCUUCUGAAGAAAAUUGUUUUCACAACUUGCGAUUGUUACUUUUGUUAGGAAACUUGUGUUGAUGCAUUCAUUUUAAGAAUAAAAUCAGCAA